UUCAAUGUUUGUAACUUUGAGAUUAGGAGAAAAUAAAUGAAAAUGUGAAUUUUUUGAGGUCAUGUUGCUGGGUGAGCGGUAACAAUCUUUGGACUGGAGUAGAAAGUCGUCAGUAUUUCACAUAAGUGCGCGUUUGAUUAGUACCUGACAGAGGAAAGUCGGACCAAAGCCUAGCGAUUGGAAGAAAAGCACGAUCUUUAAGAAAUAUGAUGUCGACAAAUUAAAGAUAUCCACAACAUCUAUAUAUCAAAGAUAUGUCAACAACUUGCUGGUCACUAUGGCAACGGAUGCCGCCUCGUUAUCAACUGACUUCUAGAAGAGAAGAAGUAGAAAACCCGGAUGGAGAGCGGUGUAGAACGCCAGGACCAACACCCAGAUCCAGGAGAGGCCCGAGGGGAGGGGGAACUACCAGCACCCUGAGAAGCGCCAGUUUUACUGAAAUGCCUCCGAGAAAUAACAAAAACGUUCAAGGAAGUGGUAGACGAUUUCAAUUUCCGAACAGGAAAUCGGGUUACAUAGACCACUUUAAAACUCAACAACGUGUGAAUUCUGCCAAAGUGAAAUUUUCCUCUAAUCCUCCUAUUUCACCCUAUUCUCCACGUGAGAGAGCGUCCACAGCUCCACAUUUCCCCAUCACAAAAUUAGAAACUUCGGCUUCUAGGGAGGAAUUAUCUGCAACAAAUGUUCACGAUAUCUGCAGUGAGCACAAAGCCACAGGAGGACGGAUUCGUACCCCUAUCGGUCGUCAAAGAGAGGCUAGCAUGGAACUAGAGGACGCGUCAUCACUGCUCGUAGACAGCAAGUCAUUUCUGAGAGAUUCGUCACAGAGACGGUUUAAUGUUCGAGAAACUGCGGAAGGUACCAUGUAUAUUGAUAAUGGAAAAGUGUUCUUUAUCAAGAGGUCUAGAAACGACCCAACCAAUUUACUGAAAACACGAACAACCGACGGCGGCUUUCUUGCAAGCAUACGAAAAGAUUACCUUAAGAAGCCAAAAUAUAUCGCCAUUAAAGGGGAAAAAUCGGAGCAGGACGAGAGUCCCGCGUUACAGCAUGAACGGGUUUACUACAACCAGAAAGUCGGACACAUCCUCGACUAUUACUCCCGUGAUGACGAGGAUCGACUGUCGAUCGAUGACCUCGCCAAGUACACGAGAUCGUCGCCCCGCUCAACUUUUUCGCGAAGUGCUUCCCCGCGAUCUUCAAAAGUGAGGAAGUUAUACUUUGCCUCCGAUCAGGAGGAGUUGAGUCCUCGCCGGUCCCCCGACACACUGGAGGAUCCUAAUAUUAAUUCCUACAUGAAAGUUAAUUUUCAAUCCAAACUUUACGAUCGAAAAUUUUACCUACGAACUCCCGCCAAAACCGACUUACACAGUCUGUCUACGGCAGAUAUUGAUAACUGUAAAUGUGGAAUAUGUAAAAUUGAAAUGCAGCUUUCUUUAAUGGAAAAACUUGGAAUAAGUUACCCACUAUCAAAGCUUCAAAACCAGCAAGUUGAUGCUCAGAAGCAGACGAGUCAAGGUUUACCUACGCAGACGACACCAGACGCGAAGCGGGAAACAGAGAAUGAAAUCAAAUCUCGCGAGAAGGAGGAGAUAUCACAUGCGAAAACUACGGAUGGACUUCCGGAAGCUAAUAGACAACACGAAAACAGUCAGAUUACGGUAACAGUUCCGGCCAUGGAAAGGGAGGGAACUCAGACAGAAUCGGUCAUAGAUACCUCUAGGACUCCACUACCCACGCUCCUCCCGUAAAUUUACUCACCGUAACGAUGUACAUUGCUUGAAUUCUCAUUUAUGUUUCUUUCAAAGUUUAUUUCAAAUGGAUGCCAUUCCUUUUAAGGCACAUUUUUGGUGAUUAUAAAAAAAGAUUUUAAAAUACGCAUCAAUUAACGAUACUUUGAUCAUUUUGCAAAAUUAGCUAUUGCCGAAGAAAGGUUUUAAAUGAACACCAUUUUGGAUGAUCGGGGACAGCGUGUUAUUUUCAACAGACAAAGGAUGAUAAUCUUGCGAGACUGUUUCCCAGAAAAUGAUGAAUGGAUUUCAACACAAAGUACCCGUGUUAAAAUGAUACACGAUGAUAUUAUAGUGCUAGGUCAAGUUCUACUGCUCUUCCGUUUAUUUCAUUGUUAUGUGGUAUGUUAAAGAUAAAAAUGAAAUGUAUUAUU